AUGAGCUCCGACGGUGAAAAGGUCCGCACCUCCGGUGAGGUUGUGCGCGAGCAGACUCUCCCCACGGUCAACCCGGCAGCGGAGAAGCAGGAAACCAAGGCCGCACUCCACCCGGCCGUCUACGUGAGUGUCUGGAUCACUCUUAGUUCCAGUGUCAUUCUCUUCAACAAGUAUCUCCUCGACUAUGCCAACUUCCGUUUCCCCAUCGUCCUCACAACAUGGCACUUGACUUUCGCGACUAUCAUGACCCAGAUCCUUGCCCGCACUACCACCGUCCUUGAUGGCCGCAAGACCGUGAAGAUGACCGGCCGCGUCUACCUCCGCGCCAUUGUCCCCAUCGGUCUCAUGUUCAGUCUAUCCUUGAUCUGCGGUAACAUGACUUAUCUAUACCUGAGUGUUGCUUUCAUUCAGAUGCUGAAGGCCACUACUCCCGUUGCUGUCCUUCUUGCUACCUGGGGUAUGGGCAUGGCUCCCGUCAACUACAAGACCCUUAUGAACGUUUCGAUCAUCGUCGUUGGUGUCGUCAUUGCUUCAUUUGGUGAGAUUAAGUUCGUCAUGAUCGGUUUCCUAUUCCAGUUGGGCGGUAUUGUCUUUGAGGCUACCCGUCUGGUUAUGGUGCAGCGCCUGCUCAGCUCCGCUGAGUUCAAGAUGGACCCCAUGGUCUCCUUGUACUAUUUUGCGCCUGUUUGCGCUGUGAUGAACGGUUCCGUUGCUCUUUUCCUGGAGGUCCCCAACCUCACCAUGGACCACAUCUACGGCGUCGGUGUCUGGGUUUUGGUUGCCAACGCUAUGAUCGCCUUCCUGCUGAACGUCUCCGUCGUCUUCUUGAUUGGCAAGACCUCAUCUCUGGUGAUGACUCUGUGUGGUGUCCUGAAGGAUAUUCUGCUGGUUGCCGCCUCCAUGAUGCUGUGGAACACCCCAGUGUCUGCCUUGCAGUUCUUCGGUUACUCCGUUGCCCUUGUCGGUCUUGUCUACUACAAGCUGGGUGGUGACAAGAUCCGUGAGUACACCGGCCAGGCUGGUCGUGCCUGGGCUGAGUAUGGCAAUACUCGCCCUGCCCAGCGCAAGUUCGUCAUCUUCGGUGCCACUGUUCUCAUCUUCUUCCUCUUCAUUGGCACCAUGGCUCCUGGCUAUGCACCCGAGUCCGUCAAAAGCAUUAUUGGUGGUGCCACCCCAGCCAACUAA